AUGGCUAGUCUCUAUCUUUACAUACUCGGCCUAGCAUUUGCUGCAGUCACCGUCUCGUACUACGCUCUAAAUCACAAGCAAAGGGCCUUGCUAUUGGGCAGAUUCGGUCUUGAUAGACAACACAGACUACCGUGGGCACCCCAACGAUCCUCAUCUCUAACGAAACAUGAGCUACCCGAGAAGUCCACUCUACCCGCCGGCCAAGAGUACAAAGACACCCUCCCUCCUAGCAGACGUCUCGCACUAGCAGAGCUCACCGACAAACGCUUCAGCGUAGGAGGAAAGUCUGGCAGAGGCUUGAGUGAACUACCUCACAACAUCGACAAAAGCCUUCCGGACGACCGUAAUGUCUUGGCUCCGCAAUACAAGAAACGCUUUACGCCCACCGGCUUCACCGUCGAGGAAAUCAAGGCUCUAGGUAACUUUCCCGAUUAUGCUACUUUGAGCGGCGUCCCUCUGCCUGCGCCCUACACCGACUUCGAUAUCAAGACUGCCAUGUCCAGACCAUACAGACCUUUCCGAAGGUCAAACCACCAGACAAUGUCACACAAGAAACUAGAAGCAGACUGGUGGCUCGAACUCGACAAGACCUACAUCUCCCGCAUCAAGCAACGCCAAGAUCUAUACGCAAAACACGGCACCGCCAUCAUCCAGUCCCUCCCUGGCUCCGAAAUUGCAUGCAAAGAACUCAUGGAAAUGGCUCUCCAAUUCCUUAGUGCUAGACACCCUACCCUCUUCUCCAUCGACGCCCGCAACCUGACUUUCCGCAACAAUAUCCUCAACACUACCACCGACCUUCGAGAAAAGGAUCCCUUGGAAGUGUUGCUGGAUAAUGUACCAGAGGACUUUGCAAUCAUGCUGCGCAAUCCAGAAACCGGAUACUACAGCUUCAGAGCAGGUGUAAUCUGCAGUUCUCCAGGCUGGAGUUUGGGUACGAAAAUGGGACUAGGACUAAAAGAAAUCCAUGAGGGUAUUCCUGAUUACAAGGAAAAUGUGGAAUGUUCAACGGACAGAUUCUUCGCUACCCUCGCCACUGAUACACCUAUCCAACGCGGCUCUUGGGGCAUUUCGGUCGACGAACCACUGUUUGAGACUGAAGAUGACAACGGCGUUCACUUACCACAAGAAGACCCCUCUUUACCUCUCUCCCGCACAAACCUUCGCGUAGACUGGCAAACACUGCGUCGUCUGCCUCUCUCCGGCGCCGUGGCAUUCAACUCUAAAUGUCUGUUCACCCCUAUCCCCAGCCUUGGCUCUGAACCUUACAUACCCGGUUUACUUUCAAAGUUACUCAAGGAAGGAAAAAGGGAGGCGAUGGAAUGUAAAGGUAUGAGAUAUGUAGAGCAUGUGGUGAUUCCUGCAUUGGAGGAGAUGGAGAGGAUGCAGGAGGAAAAGGGUCUUGUGGACGAGAAGUGGGAGGUCCAGACACUGCAGCAGCAUCCGUGGUUCCCGGGUUGGGAGGACAAGUGGCAGAAGGAGCAAGGGUUUGCGUAG